UGUGUGCUUCAGAGAUUUGGGCAGGAGAAGGGGAGGAGCCCAGCGUCUCUGAACCCCUCUGUUACCCGUGUGGACCAUGGAACAGUGAAAAAUAAAUGUUCCUGGUUCACGACUCCAACAGCACAGAAGGGCGGCUGUUCUUCAUCCUGGAGCUUCCCUGCAGAACCAAGCAUAUGUAUAUAUAUAUUCCAGCAUAAAAGAGCUCAUCCUACAAGGAUGCUUUGAAGGUCCAAGAAGCACUAUCCACUCCAUGGAAACCGGAGCAGGUGUGCAGGCCAUAGGUCGGAGGUGCCUUCUCAUCCCCACCUGACAGCACUUCUCUGCUCUGGCUCCAGGAGACCCGAAGUUCUGAACAUCAGCAUGUGAGUCAGUGAUGCAGCUUGUCACAGGACGUCAGCGUUCAGAGAAAGCAGCAGGUCCAUUUGGCACAGUGUCAUCAUCAUGUCAGGACAGGAGCUUUUUUGGUGGUGGAGUCAGAAGGAGAGUCUUUGAGAAUUCUGGAUGCUGGUGGCAUCAAGGGGCUUGGCGUCAGGAGCACUGGGUUGAGUUCUGGAACUGCUUGCCUGACCCUAGGGUCCUGAAACACUCUGUGGACGCCACCUGUGAGGAGCAGGGCCCAAGCCCUGGGUACCGCAUGGAGCUGUCCAUCUUCUAUGUGGUCUACUUCAUGGUCUUCCCCUUCUUCGUCAACAUCUUUGUGGCCUUGAUCAUCAUCACCUUCCAGGAGCAGGGGGACAAGGUGAUGUCUGAAUGCAGCCUGCAGAAGAACAAGAGGGCUUGCAUCGACUUCGCCAUCAGCACCAAGCCCCUGACGCGGUACAUGCCCCAGGACAAGCAGUCAUUCCAGUACAAGACAUGGACAUUUGUGGUCUCGCCUCCCUUCAAGUACUUCAUCAUGGCCAUGAUCGCCCUCAACACAGUGGUGCUAAUGAUGAAGAACAAUUUCUUCAACCUCAGCUUUCUCCGCCUCUUCCGUGCUGCCCGGCUCAUCAAGCUGCUGCGCCGAGGCUACACCAUCCACAUCCAGCUGUGGACCUUCGUCCAGUCCUUCAAGGCCCUGCCCUAUGUGUGUCUGCUCGUCGCUGUGCUGUUCUUCAUCUACGCCAUCAUCGGCAUGCAGGUUUUUGGAAAUAUUGCCCUGGAUGAUGACACCAGCAUCAACCGGCACAAUACCUUCAGGACGUUUUUGCAAGCCUUGAUGCUACUGUUCAGGGGUGCCACUGGGGAGGCCUGGCAUGAGAUCAUGCUGUCUUGUCUCAACAACCAGGCCUGUGAAGAGCACGCCAAUGCCAGUGAGUGUGGGAGCGACUUUGCCUACUUCUACUUCGUCUCCUUCAUCUUCCUUUGCUCCUUUCUGAUGUUGAACCCCUUUGUGGCCGUGAUCAUGGACAAUUUUGAGUACCUUACACGGGACUCUUCCAUCCUAGGGCCUCACCCCCUGGACGAGUUCAUCCGGGUCUGGGCUGAGUACGACCCGGCCGCGUGUGGGCGCAUCAGUUACAAUGACAUGUUUGAGAUGCUGAAACACAUGUCCCCACCCCUGGGGCUGGGGGAGAAAUGCCGUGCCCGAGUUGCAUACAAGCCCCUGGUUCGCAUGAACAUGCCCAUCUCCAAUGAGGACAUGACCGUCCACUUCACGUCCACGCUGAUGGCCCUCAUUCGGACUGCACUGGAGAUCGAGCUGGCUCCAGGUGAGCAAGGCAGCAUCUGGGGAGGGCACCAAGCCAGGACCGGGCGGUCCUCAGUCCAGAGCCACCCCCAGGUGGGUGUGCAGGGAAGGGGGGUGAGGAGGCUUGUCUGGAGACGACCAAGGACAGCUGCUCAUGGCGCCUCUGUUGGGCACUGACCUCAUCCCCUGAUAACCGCCCUGCCUUUGAGCCUUGUAAUGAUCCCAUUUUCAUGUGCGGGAGCUGAGGUGCAGGUUAAAUGACCUGUCCAGGUUACCCAGAGCAUGUGACGGCAGAACAUAGGUUCACAUGAGGUAGCACCCUUCCAGGGUGCAGCGUCUGUGUGCCUUCUGUCCGCUCCCCGUAGUGACCCCGGGCCCUGUCCGGUCCUCUCCUGAGCUAACUGAUAGGACUGCAUAGCCUGUGCCAAAUCUAGGAGAGAAUAAACCUCCAGUGUAUCCUUUCCACCUUCACCCUCCUGUGAAAAUUAGAAAAAUUAGAGC